GCGGGCGUUCGACAUAAGAGAUCUGAGUGGGUCGCCGAGAGAGGUUCAAAGACAAUGAUGGAGUUAAUGACUGGCACCCCUUCAAAUCUCUUUAAUGGAACCGAUGACAUUGGAAGUAAUGGCUCUAUGUAUGAUGAAAGCACAGAGUAUGACUACAGGAAUGAGCACGCCGAUUUGAGGCAUUCUCUGAACACCAUGUCUAUCGUUGUGUACUCCCUGGCUUUUGUCCUCGGUGUGCUCGGGAAUGGAGUGGUUAUCUGGGUGACCGGGUUCAAGAUGAAGAAAACUGUUAACACAGUUUGGUUCCUCAACCUUGCUGUGGCUGACUUCCUCUUCACUGCAUUUUUGCCCCUGAGUGUGACUUACACAGCUUUGGAUUUCCACUGGCCUUUUGGCAAGUUCAUGUGCAAGCUGAACACCACCAUCAGCUUUCUGAACAUGUUUGCCAGUGUCUACAUUCUGGUGGUGAUCAGUGUGGACAGAUGUGUGUCUGUGGUGUGGCCUGUCUGGGCUCAGAACCACCGAAAUGUACGCAAGGCAUCCUAUGUGAGUCUGUGUGUUUGGGUGGUGGCUUUGAUUCUCAGUGCUCCAUACUUCAUCUUCAGGGACAUCGGGCCAUCGUAUCACAAUAAGGAUAUCAUCAACUGCUUCAACAACUUUGCUCUUUCUGAUGAUGAAGACACAUAUGAUGAGACUCAAUUGUUUCGUCAUCAGGCCAUGAUUUUCACGCGCUUCCUACUGGGAUUUGUUGUGCCCUUUACUGUCAUUGUCUCCUGUUAUGCUGUUAUAAUCCAUCGUCUCAGAAGAAACCGCACACUGGCCAAUCAGUCAAGUCGCCCCUUUAAGAUCAUCGCUGCCAUUAUCAUCACUUUCUUUCUGUGCUGGGCUCCCUUUCACAUCAUGGGUCUAAUUGAGAUGGCAAAUUACAUGCCAGAAUAUUCAAGUGAGAUAUUAGAUGAUAUCACCAUAAUUGGGUUACCAAUAGCCACCAGUAUGGCCUUUCUCAACAGCUGCCUGAAUCCACUGCUGUAUGUGUUCAUGGGCCAAGAUUUUAAAGAUAAAGUCCGCAAAUCCAUCCUGAUUGUGCUGGAGAGUGCCUUCCAGGAAGAGGUUUCUCGCUCAUACACCUAUACAAACUCAAUGGUCACCACUCGCAGCAAAGAGAAGUCAUUUUCUGAUGCUGAGUUAUAAGGCUGUUAAAGACAUGAAUAAACUGU